GUGGCGACUUGCUAACCAACGCAAGCCAAGUGCAAAAAUCAUCAAGGCAACAUGGUUGUGUGGACAGACUUCGAGCGCGCCACGAUCCAGGACAUCUUCUCCAAGAUCGACUAUGGGGUCGCUGGCCAAGCAGCUCUUUCCAGGUGUCUGAUUGUCUACCCCUGGACUCAGAGGUAUUUUGGUGGAUUUGGAAACCUCUACAACGCCGCUGCUAUCACAUCAAAUCCGAAGGUUGCAGCUCACGGAAAAGUCGUUGUUGAGGCUUUGGAAAAAGCUGUGAAGAACCUGGACAACAUCAAGGCCACAUUCGCAGAGCUGAGCACGCUGCACUCAGAGAAGCUGCAGGUGGACCCUGAUAAUUUCAAGCUCCUGGGCGACUGUCUGACCAUCGUGGUUGCUGCUCAGCUGGGUAAAAAGUUCACUCCUGAGGUCCACGCAGCUUUUCAGAAGUUCCUGGCAGUGGUGGUGUCCUCCCUGAGAAGGCAGUACUACUAGAGAGCUGCAGAGAAGCGUCAGAUGCGUUUUCAAAUGCUUUUAAAUAAAAAAGACAUAUGAAGCAUA